AUGGCGAGAACUAAGUUGUGCAUUUGUUGCGCGCUGCUGCUAGUUAUCGCCAUUAUUCCGGUAAUCAUAUACUUUAGUAUAAAAUGCCCACGUGGGACUUUCCGCAACGCUGCAGUGGCCACAGACGCAAUAAAAUGCUCAGAGAUUGGAAGGGACAUUCUUCAGAGAGGCGGCUCAGCGGUAGAUGGCGCCAUUGCUGCGCUUUUGUGCACGGGCAUCAUGAACCCACAGAGCGCGGGGAUCGGAGGGGGCUCCAUGUUCACGGUGAUGGACAGCUCUGGUAAUGUGAAGAUCAUCAACUCCAGGGAGACGGCACCGUCAAACAUGAACUCUGAUCGGCUGAAGUUCUGCCCCAGGUCGUCUACAAUGUUAGCAGAUGGUAAUGGAAUAUGGAUUGGGGUCCCAGGGGAAAUUCGAGGCUACGAAAUGGCUCACAAACUUUAUGGAAAACUGCCGUGGGCCGACCUCUUUCAGCCGACCAUCAAGCUGGCCAGAGAGGGAUUCCCUAUUCCUCCAGUGCAAGGUGGCGCCAUCGAAAAAAUUGAUAAAACCAAGACACCGUCCCUGUGGAAGGCAUUUUCAGAUAAAAAUGGAAAUCUGCUUAAGAAUAGAACCAUCAAAUUUGAGAAACUGGCCGACACUUUGGAGAUGAUUGCAAACAACGGAUCAGACGCCUUCUACACUGGAAAGAUAGCAAAGGAUUUAGUCCGUGAUGUGCAGGAAGCAGGAGGAGUCUUGACACUGCUGGACUUGGCAUCAUAUAAGGCUAGAGAGACCGAUGCAUGGGUUGUCCCUAUGGGAGAGUACCAGAUGUACAUCCCCCCACCCCCCUCAGGAGGAGCACUCCUCAGCCUCAUCCUCAACAUUAUGAAAGGGUAUCAGAUGAAGUCAUCCCUUCAGUCUAUUGAUCAAAAAACCCUGUUUUAUCACCGCUAUCUUGAAGCUUUUAAAUUUACCAAUGGACUAAAGAAGUACAUCGGGGAUCCAAACUUCAAAUCAGAAGAAAUCAAAAGAGCAAAGAAUAUGACAGAAGAUAGCUUUGCUAACCACAUCCGGAGCCUUAUUACUGACAACAGGAUACACAAUCCCGAGUAUUACAACCUCACCCCAUAUCUGGACAGCAUGGGUACCACACACGUGUCUGUCCUGGCUGAAGAUGGAUCAGCCGUCGCCGUCACCAGCACCAUCAACUACAUAUUUGGCUCCGGGAUCUACUCUUCAAGCACUGGAAUCAUCCUAAACAAUCAGCUGAUCGACUUUUGUAGAAGGACUGUUCACAUCUCUCCUGGGGAGCAGCCCCCUUCCUCCAUGGCCCCUGCUGUGCUGAAGUCUGACUCGGAGAUACUGGUGAUUGGAGCGAGUGGUGGGAGCAGGAUCACAUCGGCAUUGGCCUCUGCCCUCAUCAACCACCUUUGGUUUGGAAAGAGCCUUAAGGAGGCAAUUGCUACUCCUCUUGUCUUUGUUGACUCUGAAAACUCAGUAGAGUUCGAACUCGACUUUGACAAGGAGUUAAUCAAGACUCUUGCAGGAUUGGGGCACCAGCUGAAACAAGUUGACAUCUCAUAUCAUUCCUCAGUUAAUGCUGUGGAGAAAAAGGGCGGCUGGUUCUGUGCUGUGUCUGAUUACAGGAAACGAGGAGAAGCAGCUGGUUAUUGACACCAAGAGUUUUGCUGGCUGCAGAGGAUGUCCUGAAAAUGACCGAGAUCCUGGAGAAGAAGGUGCCUGUUGUUCUCCCUGAACAAGACUUGGAAAAACAGGUUUCAUUUGCAGAGGAUUUGGAGUAACAUGACUUCCUGUGACUUGAAUGAGCUCACACAGACGUUAACAAGCUGUCACUAUGGAAAAAACAAGACUGUUUUUGUCACUUCUUGUGUGUUUUGUAUGAGUAAAUCUUGAAUAUUUCUCAAAUAACUUCAUAUUUUUUUUCAUGUAAAUGGGUCUCAUGAAUACAUGACAGGCAAGUCAUUUUACAUCAUUUUAUUUUAAUAACCAUGCCUGCAAGCUGAAUUCUCCUGGUAUUUGAGCAUUCAAAAACGGAUUAAAAUUCAUCUUGUCACGCUUCCUUCUCAAUUAUUCAUCUCGAACCAAGAACGGUUUGGGCCACUCACGUUGCGGUAUUACGGGUUAAGGUGGAGCAUGUAGUGGGGAUGAAAGCAAGAGCUGCCGUGCCUACAGCCGAACCAAAGUAUUGCCAUUUAUGAUGAAGCUGUGGCCACACCACAGUCUAGUAACGGAUGUCUGUUAAAACAAUUCAUUAAAUUCCCAUUUUGAAAGUUUUUCUAUGUGAACACAAUUUGUGCCUCUGGUGAAUCAUCAGUCUCCAUAGGUUUGAAUCAUGUAUGCCUGAAUAAAAUUGCUGUGAUGAAUUAUUGAAAUACAACAUUUUGAACUGUU